AUGGAACAACAUUUGCUUCCCUAUAGCUAUGCAUGCGCUAGUAUUGUAUUGCUUAUAUGCAUUCGUCUCUGUUAUGAUCUGUUGCUGAAGCCUCAAAGGCUUCGAUUAAAGCUUCGAAGGCAAGGGAUUGAUGGUCCCAAACCUUCCUUUAUGAUGGGUAACAUUCCUGAAAUAAAGCACAUGAAAUCGAUGGUCAAGCUUUCGGAGUUUUCAAGCGAUAAAUGGGAACAAUCUCCACCACUCGACACUUCUUCCAUUCUCUUCCCACAUUUCAAUCAGUGGACUAAGCAAUAUGAUCCUUAUCUGGUGAAAGAAAUAAACCAAUGCAAGUCACUGGACUUGGGGAAGCCUGCGUAUCUACAGAAGGACAGGGGACCUUUAUUAGGCAAGGGCCUAAUUACCACCAACCGUGGAGUUUGGUCACAUCAGAGAAAAACCAUAGCCCCUCAGCUCUACAUGGACAAGGUUAAGGAUAUGUUGAAUAUAGUGGUGGAGUCUGCAAGCACAUUGGUGAAAUCAUGGGAGAGUGUGGUUGAAAGUGAGGGUGGUACUGCAGACAUAAAAGUGGAUGAUUAUGUGAGAGAAUUCACAUCUCAUGUAUUCUCCAGAAUUACGUUUGGGAGCAAUUAUUCUAUCGGGGCUGAAUUACUUCCGAAGUGUAGAGCACUUAUCAAGGCCUCAGAAUCACCCACCAUUCUCAAUGGGCUUCCUUUCUAUAGAUAUCUUCCAACCAAGAAAAAUAGAGAUUUGUGGAGACUAGAGAAAGAGGUUCACUCGAUGAUCAUUGAUACAACAAAGAAACUUAACGGAGCUGUGGCCGACGACAUGAUACAAGUACUCAUGGAUGGUGCCAAGCGUGGUGAACUUGGGCCAUCGACACCUGAAAAAUUUAUAGUUGAUAAUUGCAAGGAUCUUUACCUUGCUGCAUUUGAGGUCACUGCCAUUGCCACAAUAUGGAGUUUAAUGUUAUUGGCUUCACAUCCCGAAUGGCAAGCUCGUGUUCGUGCUGAAAUUCUGGAAGUUUGUGGGGGAAAUAUGCCGGAUGGUGAAAAGCUUGGCAAGAUGAAAGUGGUACGUGCCAGAACAACAUGA